CCAUCUCUGUGUCAGAACUGGCACUUUCCAUUUCUCACCCCCUCUCUCUCCUCUCUCUCUCUGUCUCUGUCUCUCUUAACUGGCCCAGUUCAGCAUAGCACAAUCCCAUUUCCAAUCCAAACAUCUGAAAAAAUCUGAAGAUUCCCAUUUGUAAAACCCCAAUUGGACUUCAAAAUUAAGAACUGUCACAAACUUUCCCCCCUCUCUCUCCUCACUUUCUCUCUCUUAUCUUAUGGAAUUAGUCCCAUACUCAGAACCUGACUCCCCAAACCCAGCUUGGCAAGACAUGUUCCGAUCGGCCUCAAUCCGAAAACCCUCCCCAUCCCCAUCCCCAACCCCACCAACCCACGCGCCUCCGACGGGGGCGCGUGAGGCCGACUCCCCUCCGACCGCCGCCGACCCAGAUCAGAAAUCCGCCCUCUCCGGCGACCCCCAGGUCCGACUCGCCCUCUGCAUCGCCAUGGCCCACGCCGGCCUCGCCUUCGCCAUCUUCACCCUCUUCGCCGUCUGCAAGCUUCUAGAAGAAUACCUCCGGCCCAUCCAAUGGGCCGUCCUCUGCUCCAUCCCCCUCCGGGGAAUCCAACAAACCCUCGUCGCCUUUUGGUCGGAGCCCUUAGGUUUAGGCCUCACCGAGACGGUCCUCGCCGUCCCGGUGGCGGUUUUUCGAGUCUUUGUGGGGACACUUGUGGAGGUCAGAGAAGUUUGUGUGAGAAUUGUUCUUAGAAAGCCUAAAUCAGGAACCCCUAGAAGGCACAUAAGUGCCUUUUCCAAGUUGAUCCGGUGGCUUGUGUCGUUUUGGAUAUUCAUCUUUGCUUAUGAGAGUUUUGGCAGAUUUGGAUCUAUAGCCCUUGUUGGAUUAGGAUUUGUUUUCAGUGCCACAACCGUUGACUCUACAAUGUCAACGGUUUCUUCCCUUAGGAGCAUUAGUUUUCCAAGGAGUAGAAUUAGUGCCUUUUUCACUAGAGGUUUGUUGAAGAAAUUGAAGACCAUUGUGGCAAUUGGUUUGAUUAUUGGUAUGAUUUUGGGCUUAAUUAUUGGUGUCAUUUUUUUCUCUUAUAAAAUUGGUGUUGAAGGUAAAGAUGCUGUUAUUUCUUUGAAAUCUCAUGUUGAGGAGAGCAAUUAUGCCGAAAAGAUUGGGGUUAGGCAGUGGAUGGAUGAGAAUGAUUUACCCGGGAUGGUUGAUAAGUAUAGCACACAAUUGUAUGAGACUGUUUCUGAGCAGAUUGAUAGUUUGGCAAUGCAGUAUAACAUGAGCGAGUUUGUCACUGGGAUUAAGCACUUUGUGAUUAAGCAACAGGGUAACUCAUCCGCGCCCUCGACGGCACUGAUCACCCCUUCGCCCUACACGGAGAAGCUCGUGAGCUUGAGAAACCGGAUUAGUAAUAGGGAGUGGGGAGAGAUUUACACGGAAGUGGAUGUCAUAGUUAGGGAAUUGAUAAUCAGCAGGGAAGAUCUUGUGGAGAAGGCGAAAGCGUAUGCGGUUAAGGGUGUGGACGUGUCGCAGCGUGUGCUCGCUAGUAGCACCACAAUUCUUGGAGGCGGUGCGAAGUUUGUGUUCUCAAUUGGCAAUUCCAUCAUCUCUGGCGCGGCUGAGGUGUUCAAUUUUUUGUCUCAGUCAAUGGUGUUCUUCUGGGUUUUGUACUAUCUGAUCACGUCGGAGUCUGGUGGAGUGACUGAGCAAGUGAUGUCUAUGGUCCCUAUUUCAAAAUCGGCGAGGGUUAGAUGUGUUGAGGUUCUUGAUCAAGCGAUCUCCGGCGUUUUGCUUUCCACAGCCGAGAUUGCCUUUGUUCAAGGAUGUCUCACUUGGCUCUUGUUCAGAUUGUAUAAAAUACAUUUCUUGUACAUGUGCACGGUUAUUGCAAUUGCAAGCUCUCUGUUUCCGAUUUUUCCAUCAUGGUUUGCUUCUAUUCCGGCGGCUUUACAGCUAGUCCUGGAAGGUAGAUACAUUGUAGCCAUUGUCUUGUCCAUUAUCCAUCUUGUGCUUAUGGACUAUGGCGCAUCAGAAAUCCAGGAGGAUAUACCGGGUCACAGCGCGUAUCUUACCGGUCUUAGCAUCAUCGGUGGAAUGACAUUGUUUCCCUCAGCGCUUGAGGGUGCGAUUAUGGGGCCACUCAUAACCACGGUCGUGAUUGCUCUCAAGGAUUUGUAUGCUGAAUUUGUUCUGGAUGGACCUAAGGAAAAGGAAAACUAGCAAGUAAUCCGCAUUUCUCGUGCUCUCGCAGCCUAGUGUCCCGUUCAUUCAUUAAAUUAGCCGCUUUAUUUGAAUCGCCAAGCAUAUUAAUAUUCUUUCACCGUCUGUCUGCAGUGAUUUUCUCUACUUAGAUGGUGUGUUCAUUUUUAAAUCAGUCUUUACUUAUGUAAUUUAUAGUACCUAGUGACAUAUUUUUUGCCUUUUAAUCUCCGAUUUCCCUGUAAAAUUAGAUGAGUUUCCUCAUUUUUGUUUGUAAUUGUAUUAAGGUCAGAUGGCUGGGUUUGUGUCCUUUUUGGGUAUAGUAUUUGGGAGUGCAUUUGAAGAAAUCAAAUGUUGUAAAUUCUCCAUGCACAUGUAAAGACAAAUCUUGUUUACUGUCUGAACGUGCAAACACUUUGAUGUAAGUUUUGGUCUAUCAUAUAAGCACAAAAAAU